AUGAUGGAGGCUGUCGCCUAUGCUCUCAGUAUCUACUGGGUAGCGAACGAUGGGAUAAUCGCACCUUCGCCUGUUUGCUGGGCCCAGGGAUGGUUGGGCUCGACAAGCAACCUAGCCGCCAGUCUGUUCCUCACAGCAAUAUCUGUGAGCACUUUCCUGACUGUGGGCCUGGGAUACAAGCUAGCGCCAUGGGCUGUGUAUGCCACCGUUAUUGUUCUCUGGGUAUUCGAUUUUGGCAUCAAUGGUGCUGGAGUGAUAGCCUCUGUGCUUCACCCGGGGGCCCCUAAUGAGUCUUUUUACAUGAGGGCUAAUGUCUGGUGCUGGAUUUCGACAGCCUACGAUUCCUGGCGCUUGUGGGCUCAUUACUUCUGGAUUAUGGUUUCGAUUGCCAUAACAGUCACUCUUUAUUCUUUUGUCUUCUUUACACUAUGGCGUCAAAAGCGAAAUU